AUGACUCCCGAAAUGCAGAUAGCGCUUCUACAAGUAUGGGCCAAGGACAUUGGUCAUGUUGUUGAUCCGAACAAUUCACCCAAGGCGGAAUUCGCGCGCUUGGCGAAGGCGAAGGGAUGGACCGGCGGAAGUGUGGAGUGGUGUCAUCACUGGACGGAGUGUUUCAAUGAGACAUAUUCAUGGGGACUUCGCAACAGGUCAACAACAGUGGCUUCGACCAUAGAUGCGGAUCCAGCUGCUCAGACUAGGACCCUCGAUCUCACCGAUCAUAUGAGAAAGCUCUCAGUUGGCUCUGAUGCGUCGUCUUUCUCAGUCAUUUCACGUACCUCAAGAGCGGACUCUUUCGGCAGUGUGAGGUCGCUGAACAGUGAUCAGUCUCGCGAAGAAGGAGAUCUUCGGCUUUCCGUUGGUCCACAGUCUCAGUCAAUCACGAAUUCCUGGGAUAGCACUGACUCGCGAAACACGGUUUUAUCUCUUGACACAGUCCAAUCUCUAGAUGAGCUUUCUGGAGGCGUCGAAAUCCCCAACUACGACAGGGGUAUUGCCACGGAUGCAACUACAGACAACAGUGAUACCGAUUCGGAUGUUUUGGAGCAGGAUGCAGUCGAAAACCCGGCAUGGAAUGACUUCACCGACUUCAUUCACCGCCCAACUGCUCCCUUCAAGGAGGAGUUUGAACGCCUUGCUCGUAUCAAAGGCUGGGACCGACGUACCAAACGUAAGAGGCUAAUUUCCUUGCUUCGCACUGAAGUCGAGUUCUACUGGGAUUCGGAGGACAUCGACAAACUAGAGUACUACCAGUACUUGUGUCAAGAGAUGGGUGUUGAACACAUCCCGUUGACCAUUACGCAAGCCAAGAAGGCUCUUCGGCCCCUCAAAGUCAACCUCUACAGUGUCAUCGAUCACAUGCGCAACCCGGAGAUCAAGGUCGUCACAUAUGAGACUAUUCGCGAGCUUCGUCUAAGCGUUCGCAAGAUGGGCACGUUCCCGAGAGAGUGCGCUAAGACAGGUGGAGGGUACAUGGCCGCUCUGCUGUCUAAGUUGUAG